CCCAUUGGUCCACAAGCCCCGGUAAUGGUGGGCGGAGAAUUCCAUUGGCUAUUUGAACUGUCGAUCAAAGCCAGCGACGGAAAUCAUUGGUUAAAAUCAUUGUGCCAAAGCAGCGGAUUGGUUGAUACGUCUUCGCGUGGCUGCAUAGGUGACAGGCAAGUGGUGCUGAUGCUGUGACAAUGGGAGUCAUCCAGAUAAGCAUCAUCUGGACAGAGUGUUUGUAAAAGCAGCAGCAGCGCACGCAGGGUUCACGGACUGUGGAGGGACGGGAAAAGCAGCCCGGUGUAAACACGGGGAGGAAGCUGCAGCUGCUGCUCUCAGAGGUCUCGUGAUGGGAGUGUUCAGUCGACAGAAGUUUUUCCAGGAGCUUGCUCAUGGCUGCCUGCUGCCUACAGCUCAGCAGGGCCUGGAGCAGGUAUGGCAGCUGCUGGUUAUGUGCUUGCUGUGUCGGCUGCUCUGGAUGUUAGGCCUUCCCUCCUUUGUGAAACACCUGGGCACAGUGGCCGGAGGUUUCUACACUUUGUACCUGUUCUUUGAGCUUCAUAUGAUCUGGGUGGUGCUUCUCAGCCUUCUCUGCUACCUCUUCCUCUUCCUGUGCCGUCACUCUACCAUGCGAGGCACCUUCCUCUCCAUCACUGUGCUCAUUUACCUGCUGUUAGGAGAGCUGCAUAUGAUGGACACCACCAACUGGCACAAGAUGAGAGGUUCACAGAUGGUGGUUGCCAUGAAAGCCAUCUCUCUGGCCUUUGAUUUGGACAGAGGGGUUGUGUCCAGCGUACCCUCACCCAUGGAGUUCAUGGGCUAUAUUUACUUUGUGGGCACAAUCAUCUUUGGUCCCUGGAUCAGCUUCAACAGCUACAAAGAAGCUUUAGAAGGACGUAAGUUGAGCUUAUCGUGGCUUUUUAAAGCAUCUUUUAGCUGGGUGAAGAGCCUGAUAUGCCUUUGUGUUUCCAACUGUGUGGCACCCUACCUCUUCCCUUAUUUUAUACCUGUUUAUGGAGACAAGCUGCUACGGAGCAAAAAGAGAAGGAAGAUCAGAGGAACAAUGGCAAAGUGGCUGCUGGCUUAUGAGAACACAAUGUCGUUCCACUUCAGCAAUUAUUUUGUGGGUUAUCUGAGCGAAACUACUGCCACUCUGGCUGGAGCAGGCUUCACAGAGGAGAAAGAAAAUCUCAAAUGGGACAUGGCUGUAUCCAAGCCACUGAAUAUCGAGUUUCCACGGUCGAUGGUGGAGGUGGUAACGUCAUGGAAUAUGCCCAUGUCUCGCUUUCUGCACACCUAUGUUUUUAAGAGUGCUCUAAAAUUUGGAACAUUUACCGCCAUCAUGGUGACAUAUACAGCCAGCGCACUACUGCAUGGUUUGAGUUUUCAUCUGGGUGCAGUGCUGAUAUCUCUGGGUUUCAUCACGUACAUUGAGCACGUGUUGAGGAAGAGACUUGCAGCCAUUUUUAAUGCCUGUGUACUGUCAAAGAAAUGUCAGCCAAAUUGCACCCAUCAGAACAAAAAGGGGCUCUGGGUGUAUAUGAUAAACAUAGCAUUCAGCGCUUUGGCCAUCCUCCACCUGACGUACCUGGGCUCUGUGUUCAACUCCAGCGUGGACUAUAUGGAGGAGGAUGAGGAUGAUAUAACCCAUCAUACCAUUCAGAAGUGGUCAGAGCUGAGCUGGACAAGCCACUGGGUCACGUUUGGAUGCUGGAUUUUAUACCGUCUCAUUCUCUAAAAACAAAAUGACAGAGGAAGAGUGAAGGAAGCAAUAAUGGGAGAUGUGAGGUGAACUCGUCUUCUACACUGUGACUGUAUCACACAUCAGAGUGAGGAGAGCAGCAUCAACCUGUAUACGUGCAGCAAACCAACACGCAGUUUUCACAUAGUGCUGGCUGAUCUAUUAUUCUAACCUGCUGGGGACUAGUUUUUGAUUUCCAUGAAAUGAUAACCCACCCCCCACCCCCAUCCAUUUUUUUUUCCCUCUGUAUCGCAUCAUUUUUUUUAUCUGAACCGCAGUUGUCAAGCCUUCAUGUUGUGACAGCAGUUACCGAUGUCUCACUGUGAGUCACAAUCAAUACCUAUCAGCAUGGUGGAGAUUGGUUGCUCCUUUCUGCGGAUUAUAUCAAGGAUUCAGUGUACGACUGCGGCAGAUCCUCAAGGUGUGGUUUCCUUUCACCUCAAGUGUUAUACAAUCGUAUCUUUAGGAUUUAACAGAGCUUUUCUUUUCAGCAUGUGUGAAGUAAUAAAGCGUUUACAUUGGAAUGAUAAGAGCACAUGUUAUGGUUACAAGGCAGCAAUUUUAUUAUUACCAGUAAUAAACUCCCCUUUUGUGAUUUUUAGAUAAAAGAAACUCAUCAGUUAGUCUUUUAAUUAAUUUUUGUGAUUGGAUGGUGUUUGUAUUUUGUUUCUUGUCUUUUUUAUUAUUUUAUUUGACUUGAAUUCUUUGCCAUUGCUUAUAGAGAGGGAUUUCCUAGUAUUUGUGACCCUUUGAAACACUUACUCACUCUUAAGUAUUGAAAAUAGGGUAUAGAAUCAGGGUAUUUCACAUGUGUCACUGUAGGGCCAAGUGUUAAACUUCUCUUCCUUACAGGCUAAAGAAAAAAAAAACAACAAAGUACUCUGUAUAAAAUACUUAUCCUCAAGUCCAGAUUUUUCUUACACUGCUGCUUUUAAUGAUGCAUUUAUGUAAUGAUUCUUGAUGAAAGUAUAAACAUGUAACAGAUUAUGUCUUUUCAAAUCAAAAACAUCUAAGUAUUUACUUCUUAACUGAAGAGGAAGAAGUUAUAGUUUUAGAUUAGAGCCUGAAUGUUUAUUCAGAAAGAACGCUCAGAUGCUUUUGACCUGAUGCCACCUAAUCCCACAAAUAUUUUAAAAGCUAUUCUGGUAUUUAAAUCAAAGUUUUUUCCCUAUAAAUGUGAAGGCACUGAUACACCUGUGAUAUUUUUAUAAAAUUUUACAUGAAACCUUGA